UUUUUUUAUAGAAAAAAUAAAACCUCCGACGCCCUCUCUCUCCUUCCUCGGCGAAGAGGGCGUCGGCGGCGAGGGGCGGUGGCCGAAACCCUAGAUCGGUCCGUUCCCCUCCUUUCUCUCCUCCUCUAACCCUAGCCCCAUUCGAUCGCCAUUUCCCCGUUCACUACCAUGAUCGACCCCUCCAAGCUCCCGCCCCGCCCAUCCCGCACCUCCUCCCCCACCCCGAGGUACCCUCGCCGGAGACUCCUCCUUCCGAUCUCCGCCGCUGCCGCCGCCGCCACCCUCCUCUACCUCCUCUUCGCCCCCGCGAGCGCGACCUCUUCUCGCUUCGGGAUCAUCAUCGACGCCGGGAGCUCCGGGACCCGGAUCCACGUCUUCGGCUUCGCGGAUGGCGGCGGCGAGAUCCCGACGCUCGAUCUGGACCGGACGGCUGUGAUGAGGGUGAGCCCGGGGCUAUCGUCGUACGCGGAGGAGCCGGAUCGGGCCGGGGAGUCGCUACUGGGGCUGGUGGAGUUCGCGAAGGGGAAGGUGGGGGAGAAUCGGAGGGAUACGGAGAUUAGGUUGAUGGCGACCGCGGGGUUGAGGAUGCUCGAUGGAGGGGUUAGGGAUAGGAUAUUGGAAUCGUGCAGGAAGGUCCUCAAAUCUUCUGGAUUCCGUUUCCAGGACGAUUGGGCUACUGUGAUACCUGGUUCUGAUGAAGGAAUCUAUGCUUGGGUUGCUGCAAAUUAUGCACUUGGCACUUUAGGAGAUGAUCCUCUGAAAACCACUGGGAUAAUUGAACUUGGUGGGGCUUCGGCUCAGUUAACCUUUGCUUCGGACGAACUAAUUCCACCUGAAUCCUCCCAUGAGCUUAAAUUCAGCAAAACCACAUAUAAGCUCUACAGCAACAGUUUUCUUCAUUUCGGUCAGAAUGUUGCUCAACAAUCACUCAAUGAAUUGCUAAGGAUGAAAGGUGCUAAAUUAUCAGGAGAAUCUUCAAAGGAGGGAGUUUUUGUAGAUCCUUGCACUCCUAAAGGGUAUUCUCACAGUGUGGAAACAUUAGAGGUGACCACCGGUGGUGCAUUAAAAUCAAAGGUGGAGCACCAUCAGCCUGCUGGUCAUGCAGGCGGUAACUUCUCGGAGUGUCGGUCAGCUGCCUUGAUGCUACUGCAAAAAGAAAAAGGAAAUUGCCUGUAUCAGCAGUGCCGCUUAGGAUCAUCAUUCGUUCCUGAGCUACGGGGACACUUUUUAGCUACGGAGAAUUUCUUUUUCACAUCAAAGUUCUUUGGGCUGAGUCAGACAUCAGCUCUAUCUGAUUUGAUGUUGGCUGGAGAGAAAUUCUGUGGAGAAGAUUGGUUAAUUCUUAAAGAUAAGUACCAUAAUUCAGGGGAUGAAGAUAUAUCUCGGUACUGCUUCUCUUCAGCCUACAUUGUGGCUCUACUGCAUGAUAGUCUUGGCGUCCCUCUUAACGAUAGGAGGAUCGAUUUUGCAAAUCAGGUGGGAGACGUUCAGAUUGAAUGGCCAUUAGGAGCUCUCAUCACGCAGAGGAUGACUAAAGCUUCAACACACUCAAAUUGUGUAACAGCUAUGCUUCGCAAUAACUUGGUUCUGCUAUUUUUUGUAGCCUCAGCGGUCCUCGUUUUGGGAGCGUGGUUGGCAUCGAGAUGGCGCAGACCUCAAUUAAAGACUAUAUAUGACUUGGAGAAAGGUCGAUAUAUAAUAAUGCGUGUCGGGUGACCAGUCUUUCGAAGGUCAUAUCCGCCUCUGAGAUUAGGAGCGUAUUUUGUUGUAUGUUUAUGCACUAUUUGGAAUUGAUUCAAUGAUUCAAUGACCACAUUCUUAGAACCGACAAACCACAAGUUUAGGGACAGGAGAGUAAAGGAAAUUCAAAUAUCUUUGUACAGAGAUGUUGCGGUUGCCAUGGUCUGGCUUGUAAAAUUUGAAUUUUCAUGCUUCUGCAAAACAAUCAUACAAACACGUAAUAUCGCCAUGUGUUUAUGUGAGUUUUGGCACUUCAAAAAGCUCUUUUGUAGCUUCUCGCUGCAUUA